AUCAAUAACGCUCCGCCAAAAAUGAAUGUUUGUUUACUUGAUCGGGAAGAGUAUGGUCAUCUUAAAUGCGUGGAAGAGGAGUUUUUACUGGUAAGCACCACAGUCACUUCUCAGCACUAAAUGGGAAAGGAUGGCAACUCGAGAAUUGGAUCUUAUCGUUGCUGGAGUUCCCCAGAAAAUUGCUAUAGGAAACAUUCGUAGCAGAGAUUCUAACGUGUUGCAACGUCCUCCACUGGUGCAAUCAAACAAUUUAUCAAUCCGGAAACAGAAGAUUGGCGAAACAACAAUGAAGCGACCGACCGAAUCUUUGUGUGACACUGAAUCCAACAGUUCAAGAUCGUCAAUUCAGGAAUUGCACAAACCAAUCAUUUGGGUUGAUAUUGCUAGAAAAUUGCCGACUCCGGAAGUAGCAACGCCAAUCGUUACAGCAACCAACCAAAAACUUUCCGUGCCCGUUCCGAUACCCAAUAACCCCCGUCAAGGAUUAUUGCCCGUAGCAUUUCAAAUUUACCUUCAAACCAAUUUCAGUCUCAUGGCAGAAGUCGAGACAGCCAAGAAGAGAAGGUCGGACAAUCGGCAUAUUUUCCGUACCGAACAAGAAGAUGAUGUCAACUGGACUUCUCACGCUCCCCGUCCGUCAGACUGGCUACAAAAACCGUCAUUUGAAGGAAAAACAAAUCGAGCUAACAAGAAUGCCAAGCUGGGAAAAUGGCUACAACUCCCUGACGGUCUAAAAGGUAUUCACUUACAAGGAAGAGAACCUCGCAAAACGAAUCCUCUCCAACCUGGUCCGCGUAAUCUAUCGAAGAGCAUCCAACAUCAUUCGUUCGAUUUGCCAUUGGAAUGGGUAAUCCCCGGAACAGGGACAACUUUGCAGCCGAUCAAUCUUGGGAAACAGACUAAUCGAAGUAGGAAACGGCGACGACGAACGAAAAGGAAAACCAAAAAGGGUAAGAAGUUGCCGAAGCAGUUGUCUUCGAAAGGUGCAAGAGGACUUCGCAGUUCUGACUCGAUGCUCGAUGAAAACGCGUUUACCGGCUACGAUGCAAAUAGUUUAUCCGAUUCCAUGCGUGAAAUGGAUCUUGGAGACGGAUUUCCCCACAAAAAAUUAGAGGACGAGCAGGUUCUUCACGAAGCCGAAUUAAAUAAAGCAUUAGUGAACGAUCUUCAACCACCUGAGGUUUGCGGAAUGUCGAGUGAUAUCAAGCAACAAUCCCUCGAAGAUCUUGAGGAAAGUCUCCGUAAUAUCCAAGUCCAAGAUGAGGACAUCAAUGAGGACAUGCUGUAUCAACUUGAAAAGACAACCAUUGCCGAAGACAUGACGUGGCUCUAUUUUCCCCGAGCUGGAAAUAAUUUCGGAGCUCGUUUUGAAUUGCCCAUAGAUUUGCGAAAGCUAAAAACAAUGACUCCUCUUGAGUACUUAUCCCAAUAUGUGGUGGCGACGCGUUGCCGCCAAAGAUUAAACGAUGUGGUUUUUGAACGACACGCCACAGACUCGAAGCUUCCAAGUGAGAAGCUCUUUUCGUCGCUAACUGAAAUCCUGGGUUUUCCCUUGGAUACCCAAGCCGAAGAUAAAUUAUCCAAUUUGAUAGAUCUGGUUUCUGUUUCUCAAUUGAGUCGGGAGCAAUUUGCUGGCAUCGGUGCACUGGCUGAACGCAUCGGACGUAGUGGCAUCAGUCGGAGAGACGAUCUGGAAUUGGCAGACUUCAAUCUUCUGCAUCAAAAGAUGACCUAUUUAGAAAUGGACCAACUUCUUCGCCGGCUAUUUAUGUUCAUUUGUGAAAUUGAUUUUUCGCCGCUAGCUUAA